UUGAGAGCAGAUAGCCUUGUCUUGUUCCUGAUCUUCGGGGAAAGUAUCAGUCCUCCACUAUUAAGUAUGAUGUAAACCUGGGUUUUCCGUAGUUGUCUUUUAUCAGGUUGAGGAUGUUCUCUUCUCGUCCUAGUUUAUUGAAUGUAUCAGGAAAGGGUGACAGAUUUUACAGAAUGGCCUUUUUGGUGUUUAUUGAAAUGAUCCAUGUGGAGUCAUCUCCUUUUUAUUACAUUGGUAUAUUAUGCAGAUUAAUUUUCAUAUGAUGAACUAAUCUUGCGUUCCUUCGAUGAAUCCUACUUGGUCAUUACCUUUCUUGAGUUGGCAAAUAUCUUAAAUCUGCAGAGCUACUUGCUCCCAACAAACUCGGCAGUAGAUAAUAUUUGUAAGCUGUGUGCUUACAUGCGAGGCGUUGUGCCAGCUACUUUGCGUUUUUCUUUCAUCUUCCCAGCAACUUUUACAAGAGAUUAUCAUUCCCAUUUACAGAUGAGAAAAAUGCGACCUAGAAAGGUUAUGUGAUUUGCACACUGCUGGCAAGUGGGGGACCUACGCUCCUUGAGAGUCUGUUACUCUAAUGACUCCCUGCGUCUGAGUGAACUGAUGGGAUUUCUGAGAGCUGCCUUCUGCAGACACUGCCCUUCCCCAAGACAAAAGCACAGGAGAUGAAGGAAUGGCAGCUGGUCUCCUCACAGUUGGGGCCCACGGGUCCCCGCCCUUCAGCAAUGUGACUGUAGCUUUUACCCAGGAUGGGUGGAGGCACUUGAUCCCUGCUCCAAGGGGGACUCCAAGGUUCAAGGAGGGGAUACCAGAAAACGCCAGGAAUCUGGUCCUGCUGGGACUUCCAGUUUCCCAGCCCGGCAUGAACUCCCAGUUGGAACAAAGGGAAGAAGGCCCAUGGAUGCUGGAGGGAGGAGGCCUAAGGAGUACCUGCCCUGACUGGAAGAUUAUGUCUGAAUCGCCACCCGAGCAUGACAUUUCUGAAGAUUCAUUCCAAGACACAAGUAUAGAGCUGCCCCCUGGGGAGUCUGCUCACGGGAACACUGAACUGGGGAAGAGCUUCAACCUGAGACCAGUCCUUUCUCCACAACAGAGAGUUCCUACAGAAGUGAGACCCCGGAAAUGGGAAACACACACACAGAGCUUCAGGAAGGAUUCCCCUAUUAUGAAACCCCACAGAGCAAGACCGUAUACAUGUGGCGAGUGUGGCAAAGGCUUCAGUUACUGUUCUUCCCUUUCUCAGCACCAGAAGACUCACACCGGGGAGAAACCCUACGAGUGCAGCGAGUGUGCGAAGGCUUUCAGCCAGAGCUCGUCUCUUAUUCAGCACCAGAGGAUUCACACCGGAGAGAAACCCUACAAAUGCAGUGAAUGUGGAAGAGCCUUCAGCCAGAACGCAAACCUCACAAAGCACCAGCGAACUCAUACCGGAGAAAAGCCCUACAAAUGUAGCGAGUGUGAGAAAGCCUUCAGUGACUGUUCAGCCCUUGUUCAGCAUCAGAGGAUUCACACCGGGGAGAAGCCCUAUGAAUGCAGCGACUGCGGGAAGGCCUUCCGUCACAGUGCGAAUCUCACAAACCACCAGAGGACCCACACGGGGGAGAAGCCGUACAAGUGCAGUGAGUGUGGGAAGGCCUUCAGUUACUGUGCCGCCUUUAUUCAGCAUCAGAGAAUCCACACCGGGGAGAAACCCUACAAGUGUGCUGCAUGUGGGAAGGCCUUCAGCCAGAGCGCAAACCUCACAAACCAUCAGAGGACUCACACGGGAGAGAAACCCUACAAGUGCAGCGAAUGUGGAAAGGCCUUCAGCCAAAGCACAAAUCUCAUAAUCCACCAGAAGACCCACACUGGGGAGAAGCCCUAUAAAUGUGGAAAGUCUCAGGAGCCCUCUUCUUUCUCAACUCUUCAAGCACCAAGAACCCAACUCAAAUUAUACUGGAGAUUACCUUCAUUCAGUGAGCCAAACUGCAUUUUGUAUAGCAAGCACUGCAGAAACCAUAAGGAGCUGUUCCCAUGCUUUCGGCACAGAGUCAUCCACAUGCAGAACAACCCUGUUUCCUAAGCUGGGGUUUACUAUCAGCUCACCACUGGAUUGCACCAGCCAACAGAAACUGAUCGGGUGCAGUGGCGGGUGGCUGGGGCAAAAUCAAGUCUUUGCUAAUCUUAUACAAAUGAGACUAUUUUAAAUAUGAAAAAAGACAAGUUUUGGUUACUGGGGUUAAGCUGUUCAGAGCAUCAUCCAGCUCAGAAGUGGCCUGAUAACUGGUUAUCAUUAUCACUUCACCCUACUGUUUCCCUCCUGCAAGCACUGAGUAGGGCCAGCCUCACGUUAGGGACUGGGGAGCCACACGACACUUCCUGGGGGUGCCUGGCUAACAGCUUAUCAAAUCCCUCUACUCCUCCCCCUAGGUUUCAUCAAAGGGAAAACAUGCUGCUAAAUUAUCACACUGGGUAGAUGACACCACUCACAAAUUACCAGGGAAAAGGCCACUCACUGUUUUUCUGCUUCUUUCUGUCUCUUGGUGGUUCCUUGAGGGCUUUGAUAAUCAGGGCAGAGGCAGAAGGUACCACUUCAAUCUGCAGAAGAGAUUCUCCAUGUGAAUAAGCCCCAUUCCACCCUCUAAGGAAGACCAUCAAUACUGCAACCUGGCUCUCAAAAAACACGGGCCAGACUGGGUUUGCUGUACAUUCUCGAGUUAUUGUCACAAUCGAAACAUGUUCUAGCCUAAGAGACACAGUGAUUUGCCCAAUGUCACACAGGUGACAAGAGUUAGUAUUAGGCCCACAUCUUUGCUCUUUCUUGAUCCAUCCUCUCAAAAAAGCCUUCCCCACACUUAAAAUUGCCCUCAGCAGCUCACAACUGGUUGCAGGUGGCAAAAACCUUCCCCCCAGGAAUCCCAGAGGGUUGCGACCUCUGCCCUCCCCCUCAAACCAAGUACCUGGGCCUGUCUGUUCUGAAUGGUCAGUUUCACCGUAAUCCUUAGGCCCUUCCAGUCACCGGUUGCCUUGGCGAUGUCAUCACCAACCUUUUUUGGAGACUAGAGAAAGAAAGGUGUAUCAUCACACUGUGCUCUGAGUUGAUGUACAGUCUGCAAACCCAUCCCUCUCACUUGGCUGACACCCUGGGCCAGCACACACAGCACUGUUUGAAGCACGUAACUGCACCUACCAAAUCAAGGCAUGGCUAUCACAGUAGCAGACAUCAGGGAGAUGGGGCUAGAGGUGAAGUUUGUUUGGGGAUGCAGGCCCAGGGUCGUAAGAUGGCAAAGUCCCUCACCUACCUACCCUCCCAUAAGGACCCAUGCGAUAACGUAGGAAUUUCCAACACUGGUUACAUUCAAAUCACUUGGGAGAAUUCUAAAGACACCAGGUGUCUGCAAGGAUGGGAUCUGGGCAUUUACUACUUAGACUUCCUAACGACCACUAGCCUGAACAGGAAAGACGUUCAGCGGGUGCCAACUAAAUGGAGAGCCAAGGAAAAGUGUAACACACUGGUUAAGCAAGCCCACGUGGGAACAAUGUUUGGUUCAGGAGACCAAUGUCCAAGGAAUAAAGGCCUAAUACUAUUCAGAGAAACACAAGCUCAGUAAAAGCACAAAAUGGAGAAGUGAGUAGAUAGGGAGGGGGUCAUCAGUGAAGCUGGUCCUAUUAAUGAGUAGGUUAUACAAGCUUCUAUGUUAAGUUCACCAGGAUCUUAACCCACAUCCCAUUUAAUCCUCUCUACCGAUAUUUAACCCCAUCAGUGAUAGGCCCAUUGCCCUGACUAAACAACAGGCUAAGCAGGCUGCCCAGUGUCACUAAGCUACUCUUCUAAACCUUCACACAAGACCUCCAGCCCACGCCUCAUGUACACUUAAGCCCGCAGUUAAGAUCUUGACCCUGGAGAGUGAAAAGUCACAGCUUCAAAGUAGCACGUUCCAAUCUCGUAUAAGACCUUGUUAUGGGAGCCCUUCCAGUUCAGAGGCUCGAGGUGCAGCAGGGGUUGCCAAUCCGUCAACGUGGAAGGCACCUCAGAUCCAGUCUCGUUUGCACAAACCAAUGCAAGCUAAGAAACCGCCCUCCACGAGGAUGACUUACCAGACCCAGCGGGCCGAUCUUCGGGGCCAGGGCAGAAGUGGCACCGACUUCGCCACCGGUGCACCUCAGGUACACUGGGAGAAAGAAAAGAUCAGUGUCCCUGCGGAGGGAGCCCGGAGCCACAGCCCUCUCUCCGAAUCUUUCUGGGGCUGACCACUCCACUUGUCAAUUCUCGGAACAGCGCCAAGAGCCUCAGCUGGGAGCGAAGAAAGCCACCCAACCGCAGCGG